AUCUACGGCUGAUUCGGAUCAUCCAGCCGCUCGGUACUGCCCUCGCUCACUUGUGGCGGCGUCGUCGUCUCUAAUCGGCCUAAUUUGUGCCUGUGAGUGCCUCGAGGAAGUCGGAUCGACGCAGCAGUUUUGCAAACGACGCGAUCAACGACGGAUCGUGCUCCCUCCAUCGGAGGAUCUCCCGUACUAAUCCAGCUGUACGCACAACGCAACACAGUCGGCGGAAGUCGUCGUCACGCGUCGCGUAGUUCCAAGUGCUUCGCCGGUAGCUGACCUUUCCCAAAGUGUAGAAUCUAGACCGAGCGGACCAGCCGGACCUUAACCUCCAGAGUUGAUUGUGUCCACGCCGGUUACCGCGCGCGGAACACCUCGCGCAUAUAUUUCGCUGAGGCUUGACACUUUAACGCGCUAUUAAUCAAAUUAUCAAUCAAUUUAAAGAAAAAAAUGUAAUCAGCAACAAUUCUAAGUGAUUUAUUCAAAUUACGCGUGUACGCCGUGGAAGUGUGGAAGCAGCCGUUUGGAGAAGCUUUUGUUUUUUUUCGGAUACAGCCUUCACAGCAGUGUUUACUCCGGUUGCUGUAAAAGUGCGCGCCAUAUCAUCUACCAGUAGAUUCACACGAAACAAAAACAAACCGCUCGCCGCCGCCGUCGUCGUAGGUCGAGCUCAAUCUCGGGGCGGCUCCAGUACUGUGCAGUUGUAGCCCAGGAAAUGAUUCGCAGCCGGUGACACCAAGAUCGCGACCGGUGAUCGCGGAGUGAUAGCGUGCUCAAGUGGGACGGUAAAGACUGCACCAGUUACGGGACGAUUUAACGGGUUCAGUGUGUGGUUCUGUGUGUACAUCUGUGAUCGCGGCCAGGAAAAUUGGUGCAUUUGCAUUUGCCGUGUACAAAUUAGCUUUAUAUGAAGAAAUCUUCCGGGUGGCACCAGCAGAAACAUUAUGCGCGGCAGCAUAGUUGGAAUAGAGGAUGGCCUGACCAGUCCGAAGCCCGGCAGCUGGCAUGGGAUGUUCCUGGAGCUGCUAGAUAAUUUGUAUGCCGCGUGCGUCAUCGGUCCCCUCGUGGUCGGUUACUGGCGGGGCACGUGGAACCUGAUGGGCGAGUACCUCUACCCGUCGGAUCUGCCCACCAGCCUGAUGAUCUCGCUGGCCCUCGGGGUCUUCGGUCAUCUGGUAUUCAACAUCUUCCAGGGGCCACUACGGUCCCACCUGAACGCCGACAAGCAUCGGCUCGUGUACUACAUCGCGUCGCGACUCUACACCGAAAUUUACGGCACGGUAUGUGUCAACACCUGGCGCGGAGGCUGGGAAAUUAUCAACCUGUACACAACGCACAACGUGCUCUACGUAGUCGUGAUAACGCUCGUCUGUGCCGUCCUGCUGGCGCUGCUCAGAGGCUUGCGGAACAUUACCGCGUCACCGUUCGUCGUUGUCAUCGAUUCCCGGCGGGAGUACUUUGACGUGCCGACGUAUUUCAAGCUAUCGGGCUCCAAACAGCCGGGACUGUACAUCCUGGAUUGCAUGUUUUCGGUGCUGGUGAUCGGCUCACUGGUCGUGUUCGUUUGGCGAGGGCUAUGGGUCCUACUUGACAUGGAACUGUUUCCCGAGGACAAGGCACUCUCGGCGUGGGCCUCCGUGUUGAUAGGCUAUGGUGUGACCGCAGUCACAUUUUCGCUACAGCCGCUGAUGCGAUGGACAUGUGAUCGGUUAACUGGCAUUUGGCGCGUCAUUGUUGCGGAUUUGUUCCUUUUCUUCAGCUUCAUUGGCACAAUCAACGUAUGGCGAGGCGUAUGGCAACUGCUGGACCAUUACUUCCUACCAGAGAAUCGUCUGCUUAGCAACUGGAUUACGCACGUGGCCUCGCUGCUGUUGCUGAUUCUGCUGAACUGUUCAAACUCGGUCCUUGUCCGGGGCGUGUACAUCGAUGCUGAAGAACCGGCUGGCCAGUGCGUGGUCUUCCCGGUGUACUACAUCCGGUUGUUCUUCCAGAAGGAACGUACCAAGAAACAGAAGAAGAUCCUCGAGUCCCUGAACCGGGCGGAGUUCAACAACGUCGUCAUCGUGGACAAAAAACCGAACACGAAGGUCGAACAGAACCACCAAAUCAACCGAAAUCUAGAUGCCGUGCCACUAACGAUAAUCGAUAAUCCUAAGAGCAAUGGUGAUCACAACACGCACGAAAACAAACAGUGACGUUCUUAGUGCCUCGCGUAGGCGAAACCAAAACAAAACACGCAAACAAUCUAAAUCUACAUAACUUUUCAAUUGGACCUUACAGGAUCGAUCACCGCAAACCUGAAUGGUUCAUCCGCGAAGUUUACCGGGGUGAUUACAUUCGACAAAUUACGUUCAACGUUUCACGUAGUAUUAUGACAAAAGUAUGUAAGUGAACAUGCGAGAUAUCAAGCACGUCAACUCUCGGUACCUGUCGAGAUAUGUCGAAAACGUCCGUAAUUUAACGUAUGUUAUUUGUCAUAUGGUAUUGUUAGCGAUUUCAUACAUUUUUGGUUAAACUUAUAAAUACAAAUUGUCGACAGAUAGCGAAACUUGUCGUGUGAAAAAAAUAUCUAGUGAUAAAUCUCGCUACCUGUGGACACCUGUUGAUAGCGUUUGAGAUACCUAUGCCAAAAUCACCCCGUGCGAUUGGCUACUUGUGAGAGUAUUUUUAUAUCUUAAAUUUUGCUGAUGGUAGCACUAAGUGUAAAUUAAUUAGACGAUAAGCACCAACCCUGAUUGGUAAAAAAACAACACCUGGAACAAUGUAUAUAGUCACACUACAAUUCGUUGGAAGCAUUCCACUAAUUUAUGAAUACGUUUUCGUAUGUCUUAGAAUAAUAAAUAAAAAUCUUAAACUUA